CGUCGCAGCCUGGAGCCCGAGCCGCAGGCUGAGCGCCCCCUCGUCCCUAGCAGCCGCGUUCCGGGACCCGCGCACUUGAAUGCCGCAGCUCCCGGCCCGCGCCGCUCCGCGUCUCCGCCGGCUGGGACUCGCCCGGACGGCGCCCGCCGACGUCGCCUCCCCGCAGCCUCGCGCCGAGCCCGCCCUCGCCCAGAGCCCCGCGUCCCUCCCGGCCCCGGGGAGCGGGUGGGCCCGGCCGCGGGUAGCCCCGCCGAGGCAGGAUGUUCACGUCCAAGUCCAACUCGGUGUCGCCCUCGCCGUCUCUGGAGCAGGCUGACUCGGACGCGCUAGACAUCAGCACCAAGGUGCAGCUCUAUGGUGUGCUGUGGAAGCGGUCUUUCGGGAGGCCGUCGGCCAAGUGGUCCCGGCGGUUUUGCAUCAUCAAAGAGAGCUUCCUUCUUUACUACUCUGAGAGUGAAAAAAAGAGCUUUGAAACCAAUAAAUACUUCAAUAUCCAUCCCAAGGGUGUCAUCCCUCUGGGCGGCUGCCUGGUGGAGGCCAAGGAAGAGCCCAGCAUGCCCUACGCCAUGAAAAUCUCCCACCAGGAUUUCCACGGGACCAUCUUGCUGGCCGCUGAGUCGGAGUUUGAGCAGACCCAGUGGCUGGAGAUGCUGCAGGAAUCUGGGAAGGUGACUUGGAAGAAUGCCCAGCUGGGAGAAGCCAUGAUCAAGAGCCUGGAGGCCCAGGGGCUGCAGUUGGCCAAGGAGAAGCAGGAGUAUUUAGACAAACUGAUGGAAGAGACCGAAGAACUCUGCCUUCAGAGGGAGCAGAGAGAGGCUCUUGAGCGCCUGAACCAGGUGCUGGAGGCUGAGAAGCAGCAGUUUGAGGAGGUGGUACAGGAGCUGAGGAUGGAGCAGGAACAGAUCAAGAGGGAGCUUGAGCUGACUGCAAGAUGCCUCAAGGGUGUGGAGCAAGAGAAAAAGGAGCUAAGACACUUCACAGAGUCCUUACAGAAGACUCUGGAGGAGCUCUCCAUAGAGAAGAAGAAAACCCUAGAGAUGCUGGAGGAGAAUGAGAACCAGCUGCAGACGCUGGCCAAUCAGAGCGAGCAGCCGCCUCCCAGCGGGGGUCUCCAUAGCAACCUGAGGCAGAUCGAGGAGAAGAUGCAGCAACUCUUGGAGGAGAAGCUCCUGGCAGAGAAGCGGAUGAAGGAGAAUGAGGAGCGCUCCAGGGCCCUGGAGGAGGAGCGGGAGUUCUACUCCAGCCAGUCCCAGGCACUGCAAAACUCGCUGCAGGAGCUGACGGCGGAGAAGCAGCAGGCUGAGCGUGAGCUCAAGGCUGAGGUGAAGGUCCGCAUGGACCUGGAGAGGCGUCUGCGGGAGGCAGAAGGGGCCUUGCGAAGCCUGGAACAAGGGCUCAACUCCAAGGUGCGGAACAAGGAGAAGGAAGAGAGGAUGCGGGCUGACGUGAGCCACCUGAAGAGGUUCUUCGAAGAGUGUAUCCGGAAUGCGGAGCUGGAGGCCAAGAUGCCGGUCAUCAUGAAGAACUCGGUGUACAUCCACAAGGCGGCCACUCGCCGCAUAAAGAGCUGCCGCUUCCAUCGGCGCCGGUCCAGCACCUCCUGGAACGACGUGAAGCCGUCCCAGUCCUUUAUGACCUCCCAGCUGGACGCCAACAAUAUGGAAGAGCUGAAGGAGGUAGCCAAGCGGCUCAGCAGGGACCAGCGCUUCCGAGAGUCCAUCUACCACAUCAUGGCCACGCAGCCUGGAGCCCCCUCUGUGCUUCCCCGGGGGGGAAAGUGAUGGGCACCCCACCCCUGGCCCCCCAAGGCCUUCCUCACUGGGGGCAGAGGCGUGGCAGGGGGAGGCCUAACUCCACCCGGUUCCUCUCUGCCAGAGCUCCACCUGGGGGGUGGGCAGCCUCACCCUCAGAGGACAGGGGUGCCACCCCAUCCCCCUCACCCCAGAUCCUACCCUUGCGUCCAGGCCCAGGCCUGUGCAGGCUCAAGCUGGGUGCUGCCUGGUAAAGUGAAGGAGGGGCCUGAUUGUGUGGAGAGACUUUUCUGACUAGGGGAAUGGGGUGGGCAGGGCCCACGACCCUCUGUCAAGCGCCCUGUACCUCUCUGUGACUCUGCCACCCUCCUUGACCCUGGCUUCCCCAGGGUUUCCCAGCCCUCCUUUGGUUUUUGAACCCCUCUGUCAAGGCCCCUUCUGUCGACCACACUGUGGGGGAGAGAAGAAAGGGGCCCGAUGCGCUUCUGGGCUGAUGGCCUGCCACAGUCUCCACGGGCCCCUUUCCUGGGGGUCCCUGGCUGUGGGGCUACUCGCUCACUCCCCUCCUCAGGUGAGCUCCCCCACCUGCAGCCUCAGCACCCUCGAGGAAGACUUGACUACCCCCCCACCCCCAAAUCCCUCGCAUAUGUGUCCUGAGGGCCCUGGGCCAGAGCUGCAGCCAACAGCCAUGCUCAAGUCUACCCCAGAGGACAGGAAGCAAGUCAGGGAGUGGAGGAAGGCGGCCCGGCUCCUGCAACAUCCACUCCCAGUCAGGCCGGGAGGCGGCUCCCUCGGCCGUCGUGGCUCAGCUGGUCAGCGGGGUCCCGGAGGUCUCCCUCUCAGCUGCCCCACUCGGAUCACCUUGCCUCCUCCCUGCAGAAGCUUUACCCCAUGCAACUGCCACUGCGAGCCCUGGAAGAUGGGGCUUGGGCCUGGAAGAAGGCUUGCAGCCACUGGUUGGCCCAGUGUCAUCAAGGGUGAAGCUGGAACAUCCGUCUGCAGCUUUUGUGGGAGACACUGCCCUCCAGGGGGCUGCUGAGAACUGCGUGUCCCUCAUUCAUGGACAGACCUCUGCCUGGCGUCCUCUCUGGCAGGGCCUUUUGUCCCAAACUGCCUGAGUCUUUUAGCCUCUCCACAAAAGGAGUCCCCAGGGGUCAGGGUGCUCAGGGAUGCUGGUGGUAUUGAAGGUGCUGAUCCUCCGCUGUUCAGAAAAUGGAGCCGAGUCGGAGAGGUGGACAAAUGGCUGCAGGGCAGGGGCCUGUGGCCUGCUUUGUGGGGAAAGGAAUGUUACUGACUCAAAACACGGGCGUGUCUACUGCUAGGCCAGCCAAGGCCAGGAGGGCUGCCCUGCUCUGCGGUCAGGGCUGCCGGAGAAACGAACCUUAAUGGUCCCUUCUCCGUGGUAGGCGGGCCUCAACCAGUCUCUUCCAAGCCUAGGUGGAAGCAGAGGUGCAAGAGUUUCAGAGUCAAUGCAUCUGAAAGGCCUGAGUCUCCAUGUAAAGAUUUAAACACCUAGGAACCUGCAUAAACCUGGAACCCAUUGAUCCAUCACAUAUGCGAGACAGACUUUGAAAUGAGGACGAUUUAUCAACCGAGAUUACUAUUUUAUUCUUUGUUUUUAAAGAAUCCAAAGUAAUAAUGGUUUGCUCUUGGAGAGAGAUUUUUCAAAUGCACUUCCCCACCUGGGCAAACUAUUAACCAGAGAAGAAAGUGCUUUUUCAUGCAUAUUCACCAACUUCUAAUUUCUUUCCUCCUAGCUCUCUCUGUACUUUCCAUGCCUCAGGCAAGUUUGGGUUUUCUUCAAACAACUGAUCAAUCCACAAGUAUUUAUUUGUUAAAAACUUACUCUGUAUCUAGCACUGUAAAUAGAAAGAGAGUAACAUCUCUAUGUGACAAUAUGUAGGGGUAAAAAUUACUUACUGGAAAUAUAUUGAUCUGAUUUUUUUUUUUUUUUUUUACAAAAACAAAACCCCAAUUCCUUGGUCAAUUAAAAGCGUUUCCGGCAGUCA